CAUCUUUGUUUAAACAUAAGUCGCCACUAUCGUCAGGCAUGUUUAUUUAUUUAUUGUUUCUUUACUGUUGUUAAGUUAUUCAUCUUCCAGUCCAGCCAAUCAUGGCUUUGUUUAGGAUGUCAGAGUGGUUUGGCUGUAAAUUGCAUCUCAGCAGUGAUCCAGAUGAAUCAAACAGCCACAGACAGCCUCCCUUUACCACAGACUGUAGCGGGGCGUGGCGCGGUCACCGCCAGGCGGAGCCGGGGGGCUGUCUGUGUCGGUGAACUCUACACAAAGGAGAGGAAACACAACAAAGCCAGGAAGCGUGACAACUGGGAAUUCACUCUUUCUCCUGCAGCCUGCUCACAUCCACAAAGCAGGGAUGUACUGACUCACUGUUGCCUGUGAAAACCUGUGUCCAAGAGUCGCGACACCGCUGUUGCUGCUGCUGGAGAGAACAAAAUAGCACCUCUGGGUGAUGGUGAGACAGCAUUAGACUGUAUGCAUAUUUGAAGUGUGGUGUUGCGUCUCUUGUUGAAUCAGCUGUGCAGCGUUAGGAUGAACGGGAGUCGGUGCUGCGCGGCGGAUUGUCCGGUGGGUGGUGUCUCGUCUGUGGAGGGGCUGCCGCCGCUGCCCAGAGGCCUGAGCGGCAUCCUGAACUCCAGCGGCGGGUCGUGGCGGGACAUCGAGAAGGUGCACAGCAAGAGAGCGCGCAUCCAGGCCGACAUCAGCAGGGGCGGCGGGGACGCGGUGCGCGGUCACGGCAAACCUGGAGGACUGGACGCUGCUCUGGCUCUGCUGCGAAAAGAGAUGGUCGGUCUGCGUCAGCUCGACAUGUCCCUGCUGUGCCAGCUGUGGUCCCUCCACGAGGCCAUCCAGGAGUACAAGGGCUCCUCGCUUCUGUCUUCGCUCAGUGCCGAUAAUGGAUCCUCAGAGGAGGAGGAGGAUGAAGAUGAGGAGGAGACAGGCAUUCUCUCACAGUCCCCGCCUUCCUCGUCCUUGUCUCUGCCUCCACCCAGCAGCAACUCCAGGGACCAGUGGAUUAAAGACUCCUUUCAUAUUCCCUGAUGAGGAUAUUGUAUAUGCACACACACACACACACACACACGCUCCAUGCACUAUGUGUGUGCUGUUUUCUCUAAGUUAAUGCCUUCAUAUUUACACAGGUUUUUAUGCCAUGCUUUCUUUGUCCAGAUUGUUUUUCUGGCUGUGGUCCAACCAAAUGACAGAAAAUCAGUUGCUCUGCAAUACAGCUGGUGACUGGCUGUUCAUUAGCUCCUAAUCCUGCACUACUAUAGUGUCAAAUUUCCCACUAAUUGUGUAUCUGCAGCAAGAAGAAGGGCAAGUAAUAGAGAAAAGAAUCACGACAGACCAGUGAGAUCACAUAUUAUCGGCUUUUUGCUCUUCAUUGCAUACUCCUCAUGCGACUACAUGCUCCUUGCUUGUCACUACAUUUGAGCUGGGUGCAGUCGGUCUGGGAAUUAUCGUACGAUCAGGUCUGAUUCCACUUUUGAUACAUCUAAUGUUAAUGUUAGUGGAUUCCUGAUCAUUCCAGACUUUGCAGGAUCCCGUUCUGUAAAUUCCUGAGACCUUAAAGUCCCAAUUUCCUCAAAUGAGUACUUUCUAAUAACAGUGUCUUAGCUUGUUAAUGUUUGUUACUGUUGGUAACAAUUGGUCAAAUGUGUUGCCAUAUCAAACAAGUUUCAAUCAUAACAUUUGAUCAGGUUUUGUAUCAUGACCACUUUUGUGUUGGGAUCAGCUGCAGACUGACUUGGCAGAGAUGGCUGCCAUCUUGUUUUUACAUGGAUGAGUGUAUUGCACUCUUUCUACCACUAGAUGGCACAAAAAAAGUGUCCAUGAACGAAGACAACAGGUCUAAGUUAAGCUAGUCUGAGUAGGCGGAAGUUCACUGCAUAGAUCAGCCUCUCAUUGGGCGGAACGAGCCACCCGCUGAAGUCCCGCCCUACCACCUUCAGUUGUGUAGCAGUUUUCAACACGUCCUUUACUGACUUUUGCGGUGUUUGAUCUUGCAGGGAUGUAGCCAUUUUUCUGCCAUGGUUCGCAUCCUGUAGGUGAUAUUUUUGUGGGCGUGUUAGACCAAAACCUGUUUCCCCCUGGCAAUAUUUUUGCAAGUGCACCGUUGCUGUGGCACCGCCCAGAACGAUUGUGAUUGGUUGAAAGAAAUACAAGCAGCCGGGACGUUUUUUUCUCCAAUCUUAAAGUGAGACUUGGCCCAGCGGUCUGGUGAGCGAGACUAAAGUUAAGCAGAGUGAAGUAUAAUGUGCAGCAAACCCAGGAUGUCCUCAUAUGAGGACACAGGGUCUCAGGAGGAUAUCAGAGGGGUUUUUGCCAUUUAGUGUCUUUGAAGAUCAGACAUGUUGUCAAUCAAUAAUCUGUAUUCUCUUUACAGUAAUUGAGUGAGCAUCUGACAGUAUACUAAUUUUUCUGACCCAGAUUUGAGGAGGACUUAUUUUGAGAUUCAUGUUAAGCUUGUCAUUCUGUAAAACAGAGACAUCUCUUAAUCUCUGCAACCUGACAUUUCCUAUUGAAUUACAAGCUACUUGUGCACAGUCACUUCUGUAGCUCAGCUGCCUUCUAACCUUUACGUUUUACAUUCUACGUGGUGGUGCUGCUCAUAAUCCUGAUCUUUUUUUCAGUAUUAUCUGUAGAUAGUGUUCAAAUGAAGCCAAAUCCAUAAUGCAAUAUUAAUUAGUCACAGUGGAUUUUCCAACUUUGAAUCACUGCUUUUUUUAAGACCAAACUUUCAUAACUAUGCAGCGCAUACGACUAUCAAACUCUGUGUUGAGGAAGCGAAGUGGUACAGUCUGCCCAGUGGACACAGUUAAAUACUCUUGUAUUAAAUCACUUAUCUCACUACAUGUACUUUAGUUUUCUAGACAGUCAUUAAAGUGACUCAUUUUGUAUCUAUAUCUUAAAAUAAAACCACAGUGCACACCACAGUCCUGUAAGUUGUAUCUGUAUUUGAAUUAAAAGAUACUCCCAGGUUGAUGUUGCAACAUGUGACCAACAGGGGACACACUGUCUCCAACUGAGAAAGAGGGAGCUCCUGCAGACCUGCCUCCUCUGAGCUCACGCUGACAGCGACAGAGUGGGGAAAACCAUUUGCUGUGGGGAGAGCAGGGACGAAGGGGAGUGAUGUCUGAGCAGACAGUCUCAUGCUGUUCUCUAUUUAUAAUCAACAUAUGUUGUGGUUAUUGUUAGCGUUUGUGUGCCUGUCUGUCUCUCACAGGCUAAGUGACUGUUUAACUGUGUGUGUUCAUCUCUUUAUCACCAUGCAUGUCUUCUCACCUGUUAGUUAUUUGUGUCUCUUCAGUUUUUCUCCUGUCUUUCUCUGUCUCUCUUUGUCUUUUUGUUGUCCAUCUGUUAGCUAUUGCUGUUAUUGAUACAUCACAUAGUUACUGUAAGUGCUGUUAGCGCACUACAGUGAGAGCUGGGAAGGACCAUAAGGUUAACUUAAGUUGUCGACACUUUAAAGGAACAGUAUCUUAAGUGAGGUUGUAUGAGGUGGUUAUCUGUAGACAGUAUAAUACCUACAGUAGAUGAUGGCCAGCACGCCCUGAGUUUGGAGAAGCAGACAGGAGUACCUCAAUGGGAACUAAGCAAGGAACUCUACAGUUUAAUUCCACCUAGGAAAUAUUACCAAAAUUAAAUCAGCUGUGUUUUUCCUGACCUAGAAAAGCUUAUUCAUGCUUUUGUAUUCUCGCGCCUUGACUGCUGUAACACAUUGUUUACGUGCCUCAGUAAAUCGUCAGUAGCUUUGCUUCAACUCGUACAAAAUACUGCAGCUUGUAUUUUAACUGGAACAAAUCAUAAGUCACAUAUCACCCCAAUUCUCGCCUCCCCCUGUUGGUUGCCAGUUUACUUCAGAUUCUUUUAAUAACUUUUAAAGCUCAACAUGGUUUAGCCCCCAGUUAUAUAGCUGAGCUUCUGACUACCUGUGCUCCAAGUCAUGACCUGAGAUCCUCAAGCCUACUGUCGCUAAUCAUUGAUAAUAAAGUCCCAAUGUUCUCAAACGAGUACAUCGUAAUUAACAGUGUCUUAGCUUGUUACUGUUGCUAGUAUCAACCAUAAAAUUUGAUCAGGUUUUGUAUCUUGUCCACUUCUGUGUCUGGAUCGGUUGCAGACUGACUUGGCAGCGAUGGCGGCCAUCUUGUUUCUACAUGGAUGAGUGUAUUGUGCUUUUGCUGCCACUAUAUGGCACAAAAGUGUCCAUGAACAAGGACAACAGGUCUAAGUUAAGCAGAAUGAAGUGUAGUGUGCGGCAAACCCAGAAUGUCUUCAUAUAAGUACGCAGGGUCCCAGGAGGAUAUCACAGAGUAUUUUUUGCCAUUUAGGGUGUACUCCGCCUCUCGCCCAAUGGCAGCUGGGAUAGGCUCCAGCCCCCCUGCAACUCUCAAGAGGAUAAGCGGUUAGAAAAUGGAUGGAUGGAGAGUGUCUUUGAAGAACAGUCAAUAAUCUGUAUUCUCUUUAUAGUAAUUCUGUGAGCAUCUGACACGGUACUAUACUUGCCAGUCAUCCCUGCAUCGAGGGUGGUAACUAAAGGUGACCGGGCUCUUGUCAUCAAGGUCUAGAAGCUCUGGAAUUCUUUUCCUGACAGGAUUAGGCUGGCUAGCUCAUUACCCAUUUUUAAAUCAUUGCUUAAAACAUUUUUUUUAAUUGGAAAGCUUUCCCUUUUAAUGCAUGAUUUGUAAUUUCUUUCUUUCUCCUCCCCGUUUUAUCUCCUUUUAUUUUAUUUUCUACCACUGUACACACUAUUUUUUCUCAGAUCUUAACUUUUUUUUUUAACAUUGCAUUGUUAUUGUCGUCUUAUUUUCAUGCACUAUGUGAAGCACUUUGUAACCUUCUUUAGAUAAGUGCUAUACAAAUAAAAUUAUUAUUAUUAUGAUUAAUUUAAUGCUAUAUUUAGAAAAAUGUAACCACUUUACUGUGCUGUCAGGCAGCCCUUUCCAAAGGGGAACUGAAGAAGUUAUAUUGCUCUCUU